AUGCAUGUCAAGACAACAGGCUGGAUUGGUUUAGGCAUAAGUCCAGCUGGCGGAAUGACGGGCGCCGAUAUUGGUGUUGGAUGGAUCGACAACGUGGGUACUCUUUAUUUUCAAGACCGAUAUGCAUUUAAUUUCUCAAAACCGGUCAUAGAUAAUACAACAAUGGAUUGGAUUGGUCUUCAAGGUCGUGAAGAAAAUGGAUGGACAGCAAUUCAAUUCAAACGUUUACUCGAAAUCUGCGAUUAUAUGGAUCUGUCAAUAAAGUCUGGAACCAAUAUUGUCAUCUUUGCGUAUGGCAUUUCUGAUCCGGAUCAACAUCAAUCGAUCGGAGAUAUUUCCUAUCAUGACACUCGACGAGGCACACGUAUGAUUCCACUCCGUUCUUACAGCGAUCCACCUUCGGAAAACAAGUUUCAUGGACUCGAUUCAUUUGAUUUUCGUCUAAAUAAUUAUCUACUUCCAUCGACGGACACAACUUACUAUUGCAAAGUGUUCAAAGUUCCACCUCGUUUUCCGACAAAACGGCAUGUAAUUGGUUACCAAAUACUUGUCAAUCCAAGCAGUAAAGAUAUAGUGCAUCACAUGACCACAUAUGAAUGUAGGGCUGACGCUAAGUUCGACGAUUCCAAAUUGCCUGAAGGUGUGUGUGAUGAUCAUAUUCAGCAGUUCGAUCCGUGUUUAUCAAAUAUGGCUAAUGGAUGGGCAGUCGGUGGUGAACAUAUAGUAGAAUACCCUCAAGAGGCUGGCUAUCCUAUUGGCAGUGAUUAUCCCGUCAAAUACUAUAUGAUUCAAAUACAUUUUGACAAUCCUCAUCUAGAAUCGGAUCGCCGUGACAGCUCUGGUAUUCGAUUUUAUGUUGGCGAAGAACUUCGUCAAUGUGAUAUCGGCUAUCUCACUUUGGGUACAGAAUCAAAUCCAAGCGGUAUUGUCAUCCCACCAAAAGCUAGUGAAUUUGCAAUCGAUGCCUUUUGUACACCGAAAGCCACUGAAAAAAUUCCAGAGUCAGGUAUCACGGUCGUUUCUGCUUUUCCACAUACUCACUUGCUAGGCAAAAGUGUGUGGACAAAAUUGAUUCGAAAGGAUACGGCUGUGCAAUAUUUGUUCAAUGCUGAAUCUUACAAUUUCAAUUAUCAGUUUCUAAAUAAUCUACCGAAACCGAUCAAACUCUAUCGAGGUGACGCAUUUGUGACUCAAUGUGUUUACAAUACGAUGAACAGAAAAGACGCUUCACUGGGUGGUCAAAAGACAAUCGAUGAAAUGUGUCUUCAAACAUUCGCCUAUUAUCCUCGGAUGAACGAUCUUUUUGUAUGCGUGUCAUCAUUAUCUCCUACGGCAUGGCUAACUAUGACCAAUAGUUCCUCAUUGGCUAAUAUUGAAACAUUUAAACAAUGGUUGAAUAGUAUUCAAUGGACACCUGAAGUAGUCGCCAAAUGGCAACAAUUCUAUAAGAAUAGCUCGCGUCUUGUUCAUAUUAUUGGAGGUCAGACUUUUGAGACAAUCUCGCUUGACAUCUUGCCUACUUAUCAAGAUUUAAUCACUACAACAAGUUGCAAUACAGCUAAUCAUCGAACAGAAACAUUCAUUUUUCUCUCAUUUAUUCCAUUAUUGAUGUCAACUUGGUGUUAUCUUGUUGAGUUUUUGAAUACAAUUAUAUGA